ACAAUAUUUUCUAUGCAACUUUGUAACUAACCCAAAACAAUCGAAUUUGUUUACUAUUUAAUUAUUUAAUUUAAUUCAUGUUAUACUAUUCAUACCACAAGAAUAUCCAAUAAUUCAGAAUUAUUUAUGACCUGUAACUAGUUAAGCUUCAAAAGUGACUUCCAUAAGCAAAUCUCAAGUAACGUACACCAGCAUGGGUGGUUGCCGGUGUUCUUACAAAUCAUGCAGAAAUACCACCAAAACGACGCAGAACAUCCACUUCUUCCACUAUCCAGUAAAACAGAAGGAAAGAUGUAAAGCCUGGAUUAAUAGAGCUGGAAAACCAAAAUUCUUCGAUUUGGAUGAAUACCAGCUAAGAAACAAAGUGAUUUGUGAGGUACAUUUCGAGGAUAGCUGUUUUCUAAAUUCCGAAAGAAAGAGAUUAUUACCCCAGGCUAUUCCCACAUUAGACGGGGAGUUUCAAUAUGAAGAACCAAAUUCUGUGGCUGUAUAUACAAAUGUUGGUAAAGAAAGGAUUAAAAAAUGUCCAAAGUCUCCUAAAAUGGGUGAUAUACAAGUAUUGCCUGCUAACGAGGAUGGAACAGUGUUUGUGUUAGAUACAUUCCCUUCGUAUAAAGUAAACAAAGAAGUGAAGUCUUAUAUUUUAAAUGAAGAUGCCUUGUUUCCCAUUGAAAAGAAGCAUGAGAGUAUUCCUAGAAUAAAGGAAGAACCAGAAUAUCAAGAGCACGAUCAGGGAGAAUACAUAUUAAGUGAUAAUAAUUAUUUUCCCAAUAUCCAACACAGCACCCCAUUAAAAAAAUUACCUUCAUCGAGUUCGAAACAAGCGAGGCCGGAUUAUGAAAUCUUAAAUUCUGAUUCCUCACCUCAAAUGCCCUCGCCUGCUAAAACAAUGACGAAAGAGGCCUUAGAAUCAAUCAUAUGCAAUACUGUGGAAUCGAAAUACCUUCACAAAUUGGAACAGCACACCAAAGAUUUGAAUCAGAUUAAAAAAGCGUUGAAAUUAUCUAGUAAUAAAAGAAAUCAAUUGAAUAAAACUUCUGUGCUUCGAUAUCUGAAACUUAGAUUGCCUCCAAGUCUCAAUACCCUCAUCAAUUUGAGUUUGAAUGAAGAGUAUGAGCUGAACGAGGACGAUGAGAAUUUUUUCAAGAAUUUGCACGACUCUUCUUCUAAAACUUAUCAGUUUUUAUCGGAAGAUUGCGGGUGGAGAAUGCCCAUAAUCGAGAUACACGAGGGAGAUGCCGAAUCCAUGGACGAAUGCUAGAUAAAAUCUAAUUCUGCUGUGUUUUAAAAUAUUAAUUGUAAGAUUUUGUGUUUUGAACAAAGUUUUGUAAACUUGAAUGAUAUAAGUAAAAUUUGAUCACGA